AUGGCUGCUACGGCAAUUCGUGGAUCGCCCGAUAUGGCAAACGGCAGCUCCAACCCCCAAAUUUCGAACGGAGCGCAAAGAGCUCCAGGAAGGCGCAAUCGCAAAAAGGCUCCUUCCACGGAAAGCCAUGAACACGAGGUGGAAUAUGAUGACGCGCAGCCAGCUCAUACUAGCGGAAAAGAUGCCCAUCCGUCAGGGCAGGUAGACAGGUCUUUCUCGGCCAGAGCCCGAAAUCAGCCCGAGGGAAACCUGAACUAUACAACCCGCAAGCCAAUUCCUCCAUCAACCUCAGAAUUAUCAGCGGAAUCAACCACACCGCGAGGUCUUCCCACAGAGCCCUAUUCCCCAGAACCUAGUGCAGAUAUGCCUGAGAUUCAUGUCCAGUCACCACCGCCUGCACCGGGUGUGUCUUCGCCCCCGACUCGGUCCAACACCACACGCUCCGUCUCCGCCAGUGACUCGCGGCGAGAUUGGGCAUCGGAGCGAUCGCCCCUUCAAAAGUUGGAAGUAACUUUGACUGGAAUUAGCAAGGAAGAGAAGCGGGCACGAGUACAACAGGCGGAAAUCAAAGCCCGAGAGCGACUUGCACGCAAGAAAGCUGAACAAGAGAAAGCCGAAUUGGUGGCAGCAGUGGCUCACGAAGCAUCAGCACAACGUGCGCAGCCAGAAAGCCAACCACCACCCAGCGCAGCCAGAAGGAAUGAGCGGAGAGAUAUUCCAAUUGGGGAUGGCAGGCGAAAUGGAAAUACGGCAGCACCACCACAAGAGCGACAAGCAGAAAGCACAGCUGUCCGUCGAAACAGGACCGUUUCAACAAAUCCUCAAUAUCCAUCUAUCCGCCAACCCGAGGACCCUCAAUAUACACGUGCAGAAGCCGUCAUCCCAUCAUCAGCUAAGAUAGGCAAUGUGCCUAGACGAUCAGUCACAGUGAGCGGACCUGCCGCGAAACCCGCACCUGCCAACAAUAUCGGCCACAGUCGCUCGAUGUCUCAAGCAGGUCCUCGACCUGUGCAGGCUGCUGGUGCCCUAAGAGCGGAGACAACAGACGAACUUUUAACAGCACCCCGUGCGCCUCAGGAUAGUGUCGAAUCGCAGACCAAGCCCAAGAAACAGUCUGUCUCUUUCAAUGUUCCACCGCCUACGCCCCCUCCGAUCUUUGAGUGGAGGAACGCACAGCCUGCUCGGCUUGCGGCCCCUGAUUUCGACUUCCAGAAUUUUGAUAUGGAGCGCAGCAAAGCGUGGUGGGAAGGUGGUGGUAACAAAGAUCGCAGAAAGAGCAGGGCCCUUCCUAAAAACUACAAGUCUCCUGCUCAGAAGUUGACAGGAAUGACUGACCACAAGAACUUCCAACCCAACCUCUUCUUGCGAUGUGGACCUUUACUGCGAUACACAGGUAUCAAACGAGUUAAGGUUGAUGGAGCCAGCGGCCCCAUUGACAAAGAUAUAUGGCGAGGGUCUAUCAUGAUAGUGACUAAAGAUUCUCGCUCCUCCUACGACACUCCACCUACACUGAGACUAUUCUCUCAACCGAUGGAUCUUCUUCCUCCUCCACCCGUGGAGAUCAGCCAUGAAGAUGGAAUGCAACUGGCUCCCGAAUAUGUCGACCCAACAGCCGGGCUCAUGAAAGUUGGCCGUGAUGGGCGGCCCCUUUACGUGAAGCCAGUUGAACAUGUCGAGGAGCAAGUCGACCUAUCGUUUGUCGAGAACGACGAUGGUAUCUACGAGCUCUCACCUAGCAUGAUCGACUAUACCAGCGAAGGCGUCAAACAGCCUAUGCCUUCCAACCGAAUGCAUGCCGUCGACGGUGAGACAGCGAGUUUGCACCGAGACAUCCCAGGAGCCCGCCUGUACGCGGAUGCCGCAAGAGAUGUAACAUUCUGGCGAUUCAACCUAGAGGUUGAACUCAGCACAACGCAACAGCGAAUCGCCUAUCGGAUCAACCAGGGACCCGCCUUGGGAUUCUGGGUCCCUCCGGCUGGAGAAUCCAUGAACAUAAUGUUCCACAGUGGUAACGGGUUCAGCCCCUCUGCGGACUCUGAUAAAGUCUGUGGGCCCGACCCGCUUUGGCGAGAUAUUCUUAAUGAGCAUCAGACUCGUCCGUUCCAUGUGAUGAUCGGUGGAGGCGAUCAAAUCUUCAACGACUCGGGUAUCACAGAGUCGGCGUUCUUCCAAGAAUGGAUUAAGAUUAAAAACGCUGCCGAGAGAUAUGGGGCGUCAUUCACACCCGAAUUCCGGGCUGAGUUGGAGCAGUUCUACCUCGAGCGCUAUGCUGCAUGGUUCUCCCAGGGCCUCUUCUCGCUGGCGAACUCUCAGAUUCCCAUGGUCAACAUGUGGAACGAUCAUGAAAUCUUUGAAGGCUUUGGUUCUUACCAUGAUGAUUUCAUGCAAACCGCUGUUAUCUCUGGAAUUGGAAAAAUUGCUUUCAAGUAUUACCUGCUGUUCCAGCACCACAGUGUCCCCGAUGAAACCGAGACAGAUGAACCCAGCUGGCUUCUUGGUGCUCAUCCUGGUCCAUAUAUUGAGCAGAAGAGCCGAAACCUGUUCAUGUCUCUUGGCCAAGGGGUUUCAUUCUUGGGUCUUGACUGCCGCACUGAACGACGGAGCAAUGAGGUUCUCAGCGAGGAGACCUGUGAUUUAUUGUGGGACCGCUGCCACAAGGAGAUCAUGAAGGGAGAAACAAAGCAUUUGAUCGUUCUUUCAAGUGUCCCUGUUGCUUACCCCCGAGUGGCAAUGCUCCGUAAUUUCAUGAACAGCCGCAAGUCCCUCGGCAAGGCUGGAGUACUUGGUGGGUUUGUAAAUCGAUCUGGCGGAAACGUGGAGGUCUUUGAUGACCACUGGGCCGGCAAGCACCUCAAGUCGGAGCGUACAUGGUUGGUUGAGGAUCUUCAGGAUCUGGCCGCAGAGAAGUCGGUCCGGAUCACAAUACUCAGUGGUGAUGUCCAUCUCGCUGCAAUUGGGCAGUUCUAUUCGAACCCCAAAUUGGGUAUUGCCAAAGAUCAGGAUUAUCGAUACAUGCCGAAUGUCAUCUCGUCUGCUAUUGCAGACAUUCCGGAGACCGAUCUCAUUGCGGACAUGCUCAACAAGCGGAAUACAGUCCACCAUAUGGACUCCAACACAGACGAGGAUGUCGUCCCCAUCUUUGUUCAAGAUGUGAAUGGCAAGGCCCGAAACAACAGACGAUUACUACCUCGGCGAAACUGGUGUUCGAUCCGUGGGUAUAAGCCUGGCUCCACUCCACUUGAUACACCCGAGUCGGAGAUAAUAGAGACCCCACCACCUCGGCCAAAUAAGCUGCAGCGAACAUUGUCGCUGGGUCGUGGAGACAAGGGGUCUACCGAGAAGCCUGGUAUUCUCAGGCGCCUUUCCACCCGUGGACCACCUCCUACAAGGACCAUGAGUUUCAAUCGAGGCGACGAGGCUGCUUUCAAUCGACGUGCAAGUGUUGAUGGGCCCGCUCAGCCCCACGAGAACGGGGACAGCUAUUUCCCAGGGGCCGGGGCACCUCCACGACCCGGUAACUUCCACCGGCGACCAACGAAUCUCAGCCAAAAAGCGGCAAAGAAAGCCGCUGAGCAGGGCGAUGACGGCGCAGGCGCCUACAUCAACCUCGAAGGCGGGCUCGCCAUCACGUUGAACCUAGAGAUCAGCCCACAAGACCCAUCGGGUGUCACCACACCCUACAAACUGCUCGUUCCGGCACUGCACUACAAUGGAACCGAGUAUGACCCGCCCCCAGCGCAGAUUGUCAAGGGCUGGAGAAAGUUCCUACCCCGCCGCAAAAAGAACGACGGGGAAGCAGAUGCACACCCUGAAGCAGAAGAAGAUUACAGCGAUGACGACGAACAAGACGAUUACGAGGACCACGACCUUAUCAAUAAUACCCGCGCAAACGCCGCCACUAGUCAACAACAUCAACCACAGUACGAGGGAUAUCCUGGGAGUGAAGAGGAGGAUGGAGAUUCGGAGGACGAGGCCCCUCAACGUCUACCAAAGCAUAUGAUGGCUGAACACUCCUCCAGUCCUGAGGAGCAUAGCCGUCCACGGAAGAAGUGGUUCGGCGUAAUCUAAUGUACUAUAUUGACAUCAUUGUGUCAUUGAAGUUGGCUGUGAUAUUUGCUUUUUGCGAUUUGAUGAUUUGUAUGGAUUUUUAUGACUUGAGUAUGAUAGUGUUUUGUGUUUGAUAUAUGAUUCCCCUAAAUCCAGCGAGGUUCAAACUGACAUGUGAAGUUCAUCCUAUCAAGAUCUCUCAAGUAAAUCCGAAGUAUACAAACAAGAAUAGUCGGCCCCCUAUGCGGCUUCGUGAUGUCUUUUUGGUAGUCUUUUUAGAUGUCUUUUUGGUAUAUAGUUUCUUCCUCAUUGGUGUUGUAGCUAGAGUAUAGGCGGCAAAAAACGGCUUAAA